UCUCUCUCUCAUCGUGCGUAGGGCUUUUGACUCCCCCUACUUGCCUACUUCUUCUUCUUCAUCUUCUGUAGUUGCUGUGGCCACUCUACACAGUCCACACCUACUUCUGACGGAGAAGAGAGAGUUUUGGUAACCUUGAGAUCGGCGCCAGAUCCUCCGCCGUAUAUUCUCUUCGGUAUCUCCGAGUGAAAAUGAUGGAAUCCGGCGCUGGUUUUGCGGCGAUGGAAGAGAGGAUCUCUCCGGGAAGUUUCUUCCAGUUUCCUCUUUCCGGAUUCCGUGCUUCUCCCAAUCGAUCUCCUUGUCCUCCGACUGAGCGUGAGAGGUACUUGGCUGAAUUGUUGCAAGAGAGACAAAAGUUGGGUCCCUUUUUGCAAGUUAUGCCACAUUGUUGCAGACUGCUAAAUCAAGAAAUCAGAAGGGUCUCCAGUUUCUCUGAUCUCGAGAGAUAUGAGCUUGGCAGUCCAUUCAGAUCGCUUGGCCACCCGGCAAAUGGAAAGCUUGAUUUAGACGGAUGGUCAAUGAUGCAAGCAGAGGAAAAUUGUCAUCUCCAGAGAGCUUCUCCUUUUCGUGCUCCUGCUUCAGUGGGCUGGGUUGGGAUACCUGGACUCCCUACCCCACCCAUUGUGAAAAAAGUGAUUAGACUUGAUGUGCCUGUGGAUAAAUUUCCAAGCUAUAAUUUUGUUGGGCGGAUUCUCGGGCCACGGGGAAACUCCCUAAAAAGAGUUGAGCUGGCAACACACUGUAGGGUGUUUAUUAGAGGGCGAGGAUCCGUGAAGGACACUGUCAAGGAGGAAAAACUAAAAGGUAAGCCAGGAUACGAGCAUCUCUGCGAGCCACUACAUGUACUGAUCGAAGCCGAGCUUCCAGAGGACAUAAUAAACUCUCGUUUGGAGCAUGCGGUGCAUUUCCUGGAAUCGCUCCUAAAGCCAAUGGACGAAUCAAUGGACCACUACAAGAGGGAACAGCUUAAGGAGUUAGCGGCUCUGAAUGGUACACUGAGGGAAGAGAGUCCGAGUCCGAGCUUGAGCCCUUGUCUGAGUCCGAGUAUGUCCCCUUUCAACAGCAAGCGUGCUAAGACUGGACAAUAAAGAUUUUUGCAUGAGAUAUGAUCAAAGUUCUUCUCUGCUUCGGACAGAGAGACCAUAGCAUGGUCGUGUGGACAGGGCAAAAGGCUCUCAAUGCAUUGCCUAUCUAUCUGCGAGUGCGAGGUGAUAAUGUUCUAACGUUUGAGACUCCUCAAAUUAAUUUAUUUCGUCAUUAAGUUAAUUCUUUAUUUUUGAAAUUUUUGUUGGUUAGCAGAGAUGACCAUUAACCAGUGGGUAAUAAACUAAUAAUGGUAUUUAUGAUUUGUAAUCUCAUUCUGAAUCCUGUAACUUUUAUUUAAGUUUGAAACCCAACAUUAGUUACAUUUCGAGUCUUUGGAAUUGGACGAAUAAGUCCCUUUAUUCGAGUCUUAGGAGUCAUGUUCAAUUUUGCUUCUCAGUCAAUAAUGUUUCUUUCUUGAUCCCAAGUCUUAUACAUUUUAUUACAUCAGUUUAUAUGUAAUCUUCUUGUAAACUAUUUACCUAAAUUUAUAUUUUUAUUUCUCGGAA